AUGGCGAAAGAGCAGCAAUCAACCGACCAGGAAUCAACCCAAGCGCUGAAGGCAGCAGACAUUUUGAGUCCAACAUCAAGCGUAGCUUCUAGUAAAACUGGAACCACUCCGGCUCACCGCUACAAGUGUGAAUUUUGUGGGAAAACCUUCAAGCGCCAAGACGAACACGAUCGGCAUCGCUUUUCGCACACUGGCGUGCACGCGUACAUCUGCUUAGAGCCAAAUUGCGAGAAAGUCUACUCCAACCGUUCCCACCUAUUGCGCCACAUCCGAGCGAACCACCUGCAGCAGACGGAUCCUAAGCAACCGACGGUAAUCUGCAAGCAGCCAAACUGCAAGAUGAAGUUCACCAGCAAGCAGGCCAUGAAGCGCCACUACCAAACCAAGCACGUUAUCGGAAAGCCGUACGCGUGCGAGCAAUGCAGCGAGCGGUUCUGGCGCAAACUGCAGCUGAAGAUGCACAAGAUUGAACACACAGGCCAGUAUCCGCACCGGUGCGAGCACUGCAACCAGGGUUUUGUGAAUCUUCGCUCGAUGCGUAGCCACCGAUGCACGCAGAACACGCUCAAGUGUCCCGACUGCGCGAAAGAGGUUCAGCGCUGGUCGGAGUUGGUGGCACAUCGUCGGCUGGAACACCCGAAUCAGUUCCGUUGCGAGCACUGUAGCAAGCAGUUCCACACGAAGCGCAGCUUGAAGAUGCACGGCCAGGUACAUCUUACGGCUGACCAACGGGACGUGUACGAGUGCCCGUAUGAGGGUUGCCCGCGAUUCUACGAGCACGAGCGAAAUCUUAUCGCGCACGUACGCUCGAAGCACGAGGGCCGCAAGCAAGAGGAGUUCAAGUGCCCGUUGGCGGACUGCGGACGAGUGUUGGCCUCCAAGCAGAAGCUCGAGCAGCACCGGAAGCUGCAUCUGUCGGUGUCGAAAGCGGCACGGCGCACGAAGCAGCUCGAUAAGUUGCCGUCUUCCGAGCGCACGCCCGCAGACAAACAGGAAAUGGUCGCUGCGGCUUUGGCAUGGCGUGGGACGGAUGCGACCGAGGAAUCGAAGAAGCAAUGUGUGGUGACGCCGGAAAAGCAGAGCUAUCUGGAUGUUACCACCGAUUCGGAAGUGGAUAGUGCGCUGUCCGUGCCUAAAUUGCUUGCGUCACAUUUGCAAGGUCUCUGCAUGCAAAUCGACGCGUUGCGUUCCGAUUUCACCAUGGUUUGAGCGUUUGAAAAUUGUUAUUAUUUUUGUAUAGCAUGCAUUGGAGGUACUCUAGGUGGGAAUUUAAUUAAGUGA